AUGGAAUGCAAGGCUUUCACUGGAGAACGGUACAUUUUCCUCGUCUAUGACCUCGUCACAAAGUUCAGUUUCGUCUAUGCUAUCAGAAGCCACGAGAAUGAAGUACCCCUGAUCACUUUCCGUACUCUUGAUCAAAAGAUCAAGCGUCAGUUCAACACAUCACCCAUCUUCAUCCUUUUGAAGAGAGAGAGGGGGUUUGGAUUCGAAGCUGACGACAACUCACUUGCUACAUACUGCGCCAACGAAGGUAUUCAGUUGCAGCUUCGAGCUCCUGAUACACCUGCCCAGUCUGGUGACGUUGAGCGUUCUGGAUAA